AUUGCAUCACACCUACACGUGUCGACCACUCACCGGCGCCGCUUGGUCCUUUAUAUUUGUCACCUAACCGCCGCCACUCUGUGCAGCCUCACCACUUCUCCUCCUCCUCCAAGCAAACCCCUCCUCAUCGCUCCUCCUCUCCCCCUCAAUUCCUCACCACUUUUCCGAUGGACAGCACGGACUCCUCCUCCGGCUCCGGUCACCCCCAGCUCCCUCCCGGCUUCCGGUUCCACCCCACGGACGAGGAGCUGGUCGUCCACUACCUCAAGAAUAAAGCCGCCUCCGCUCCGCUUCCCGUCACCAUCAUCGCGGAGGUCGACUUGUACAAGUUCGAUCCUUGGGAGCUUCCAAGUAAGGCCACGUUUGGGGAGCAGGAGUGGUAUUUUUUCAGUCCCAGAGACCGGAAGUACCCGAACGGAGCUAGGCCGAACAGGGCGGCCACCUCGGGGUAUUGGAAGGCGACCGGAACAGACAAGCCGAUUCUGACAUCGAACGGGAACCAGAAAGUGGGCGUCAAGAAAGCUCUGGUUUUCUACGGCGGGAAACCGCCCAAGGGAAUCAAAACCAAUUGGAUCAUGCACGAGUAUCGCCUCGUCAACGACGACAACUCCAGCGCCGCACUCAAGCCUCCUGAUCCGACCAACAAAAAGGCCUCCCUAAGGUUGGAUGACUGGGUUUUGUGCCGGAUUUACAAGAAGAUCAACUCGCAGAGGCCUGUGAUGGAGUAUGAUCAUCAUCAUCAUCAUCAUCAUCAUCACAGGGAGGAGGACUCUACAACAAACUCCAUGGAGGGUAUUUUUGUCCAGUCAAUGCCGAAGCCGUCGCCGCCGAAGGCCACCAACUACACGGCGUUGCUGGAAAAUGACGAGGACAAUUUCUUCGACGGGAUAUUAUCGAGUGAAGGCGUGCAAAACAGUAGUCAUUCCAACCUUUCCCAUCAGUUCAUGUCGAGUGCGAAAGGCGACAUCGUAAUGCCCGUGAGCAACAACCCCUCGAAACGUCAGCUUCCAUCGCCGUUUUGGAAUGAAGCGGGGGGAUCAUCAUCGAUGGGGACUAAUUCAUCGUCGAGCAAGAGGUUUCAUACUGAUCUCAAUAGCGGUGGUGGCAGUGGAGGUGGUGGUGGGGUUGAUGAAAGCAACACCUCCUUUGUUUCUAUGCUAAACCAGUUACCUCAUCAGAACGCGGCAUUCCACCCCAACUCGCUUCUUGGGUCGCUCAACCCACAGUUUCAUCUUCCCAGUAUGAAUUGGAACUCAUGAACAAGAAUUCAGAAACACAGAAUAUAUUGAUAUCAUCUAGCUUAGUACAUAAUCUCAUUGGAGUGUAACUAUAGCACAAAGAUACGGGUGAUGACGAGGUAUAUAUAUUUUCAUAAAUCUUUUUUUUCUUUUCUAUUUAGUGACACAUAAUCUCUGUUUUUACUGGUUAGUUAAUUGUUUGAGUAUCAUUUACUUGUUGGUAUUACAUGUUAUAUGUAGACAUUGAGCUAGAUAGCUAGCGUAAUGAAGAUAUUUUGAAGUUCUAAUUACCAGAAAAUGAAGUUCAGAGAAGCCCCAGCCAUGGUUU